CGUAGUCAUGUGGUUUUGAAGGCGGGGCUUUUUGUUGUUGUCGUUUCUCGUCGAAACUCUUGAGCAAAAAAAAACAAACAAUGGCUAACAACUUUCAAAACGUGACUCUUUCUCUAACUUUACCCAUAUCAUGCCAGAUCUGCCUUGGAAAGGUCCGCCAGCCCGUCAUCUGUGCCAAUAACCACGUGUUCUGUUCUGGCUGCAUGGACAUCUGGCUGAAGAAGGCUAGUCAAUGUCCUUCAUGCCGAGUUCCCAUCACCUCGGAGAACCCGUGCAGAGAAAUUAUAGGGGGGACAAAUGAGAGCGAGUCCAACGAGAGCUAUUCUGUGAAGAAACACCUCCGAAAGACCAGGGGAGAGCUUUUGUUGAGGGAAUAUGAAGAUGAAGUGGAAGGUCUCCUCAAAGAGACUGAAGAGCUGAGGAACAAGAACCAGAUCCUGGAGUCCCAGCUGAAGACGGUACUAGAUCCCUGUACUGUAACAGCCAGCCGGAGAGAAGACCGGGGUCUAGACCCCGGUGUUGUGGAAGAGUGGAGCAACAAGCUGAGAGCGGCUACAGAUGACUACAGGCGGAUCAAACUGGAUGUGGAGAAACUAAAAGAGGCUAACAAGAUGCUGCGUCGUCAGACUAUUGACCUGGUCCAGGAGAACGUGAGGUUGAAAGCGGAGGUUGCCAGUAGAUCUCCUCAGAAGUUUGGCCGGUACACGGUAGCAGCUUUGGAAGCUAAGAUCCAUCAGUACGAAAGAGAUUUGGACCACCUGAAGAAAGCUCUGGAACGCAGCGACCAGUACAUAGAAGAACUGGAGGCUCGGGGUGGAGGGGUCGCGGAGAGGCUCCCGAGAAACCCGAGAGAGGCGUCCCAGGGCCACACCGAUGCCCGUCCAGAGAGCACCUCCUCUGGGGAAGGUGAAGCCGAGACCAGGGUCCACUAUCAGAGGAUCAGUGCCACAACGAGGAGUCUGAGUGACAUGGAGAAGGCCUCCGUCUGCUCCGGUCUGGAGGGAGAAUCCAAGACGUUGUCCGCUCACCACAACUACCUCCUGACGACCUCUAACGCCGUGCAGCUCGACGCCGUCGGCUCCGACACGUUCCGGGACCACCGGAGAGGUUUCGGCGUGACCCUCCUCGGACACAAAGACUCUAUAGAUACCGAUAGGAUUGACGCCAUCGUUCCCUCUGACCUCUUCCUGCUCUCCACUCCCUCCUCCGCCUUCCGCUCUCUCAGUCUGAAGAGUCCCAGUGUUGGUGAAGACAAGAAGCUUGGUUAUAAGGCUGUGACCCAUCUGAGGAGACUCCGUUUUGAGGACAGUGUAACACCCAGCAGUAGCAGCAGCGUCUCCACCGUAGCAACUAAACGGUCCAAUCACACUGCUCAGUUGUCCAACGGUGUGUCUUCCUGCAACGCAGCCGAGCCGGGACUCUCCACUACCGCCGAGCCGUUGUUCUGGGCUGCAGCCUGGCAGAGCCGCAAGGCUUCUGAUAUGACCUCCGUGACCUCUGUGACGUCACCCAAUCACAACGGAGAGGAGGAGGAGGAGGAGAGGAGGCAGCUCAACACGUCUUCGGGGUCGGGGCACGGCGAGAGAAACCAAACAGCGGGAGUCACCACGUCCCGCGAUCUGACAGACGACGAAGCCUUCAUGGACGAAGCCUUCAUGGACGAAGCCUUCAUGGACGAAGCCUUCAUGGACGUAGCCUAUCUGGAUAAGAUCUCUGAGCUGGACUCUAUGAUGCUGGAGGGGCCAGAGAGCUGCGGCUCGGCAGGGUCGCACCUGUCCCUGGCUUCCUCCCUGACUUCUGCCGACACACCGGACUUGACCCUUGACCUCAGACUGGAUGUGACCCUGGUACCUGAGGUGGAGGGCUGCUCUGAACUCUUCCUGGAUCCUGACUCUGAGCAGGACCGAGGUGGACAGACCGAGGCGGAGGAUUUCGACUUGGCGUGUCGGAUAAAGGGAACCUCUUCGUCUCCGGUCACAGUGUCAGAGACUCGGGCAGCUUCUCUAGCGCCCACAUCUACGACGACGACGUCUACGACGACGACGGCAACCAGGUCUGGAUCCUCCUCUGGGAGAGACGCUGGCAACGGGGACCACAGUCUUCUAGACCGUACGGGGCCCGCUAGAGAACAGGGACACCUCUCUGACCCGUCUCAGACCGAUGAACUGUCCUUCGACCUGCUGUUUGACCCCUUAACAGAGACCCGGACGGGACCAGGAGGGCCGUCGGCCUGGCAGGCCUCAGCCAACCACCACCACGACAUCUCGUCUGACUGCUGCUCGGCACAUAGACCUGGUGGAGACGCUCUCAUCGUGUCCGUCUGUAUCCCCUAA